CCACAUUGUAGAGAAUAAAGGGCCAAAAACGAACACAUAAUAGAGAGAGAGAGAGAGAGAGAGAGAUUCUUGAAUAAUCGUGUCGAAUCAGAAAAGAUGGGUUCGGAUACAGGUCUAGAGAACUCGAAGCGGUUUCUAGCGACAUGGUUGAUCGGAGGUUUGGUGGCAGGGCUAUCGGUUAUGGGGCUAUGCGCUGCUUGGCCGGAGCUCUCCCCUCUGAGUAUUGUUGGGAGGAAGAAGAAGAGGCCCAUUCGUGUAUACAUGGAUGGCUGCUUUGAUAUGAUGCAUUAUGGCCACUGCAACGCACUCCGCCAAGCACGUGCUCUCGGAGAUCAAUUGAUUGUUGGCGUUGUCAGCGAUGCUGAAAUCAUUGCAAACAAAGGCCCUCCGGUUACCCCUCUUCAUGAAAGGAUGAUUAUGGUGAGUGCUGUGAAAUGGGUAGAUGAAGUCAUUCCAGAUGCACCAUAUGCCAUAACUGAAGAAUUCAUGAGGAAACUGUUUGAUGAAUACAACAUAGAUUACAUCAUUCAUGGAGAUGAUCCCUGCAUUCUCCCUGAUGGAACUGACGCAUAUGCCCUUGCAAAGAAAGCAGGUCGAUAUAAGCAAAUCAAACGAACAGAAGGAGUCUCAAGCACAGACAUUGUUGGGAGGAUGCUUCUAUGUGUAAGGGAGAGGACAAGUGGUGAUAGCCCUAGUCAUGCUUCCUUGCAAAGACAGUUUAGCCAUGGACAUGGCCAGAAGAAAUUUGAUGAUGCAGGUUCAGGGAGUGGGACCCGUGUCUCUCAUUUUCUUCCUACAUCUCGCAGGAUUGUUCAGUUUUCUAAUGAAAAGGCUGCUGGACCUGAUGCUCGUAUAGUUUAUAUAGAUGGUGCUUUUGAUUUGUUUCAUGCUGGACAUGUGGAGAUUUUAAGACUUGCUCGUGGGCUUGGAGAUUUUUUACUUGUUGGGAUUCACACAGAUCAAACUGUGAGUGUGAAUAGAGGAGCACACAGGCCAAUCAUGAAUCUCCAUGAAAGAAGCUUAAGUGUUCUUGCUUGUCGCUAUGUGGAUGAGGUCAUCAUUGGUGCUCCAUGGGAGGUCUCAAAGGAUAUGAUUACAACCUUUAAUAUCUCAUUAGUUGUCCAUGGGACAGUGGCAGAAGAUGAUGAUUUUGAAAAGGAUAAUCGUAAUCCAUAUGAUGUUGCAAAAAGUAUGGACAUAUUUAAAGUAUUGGAAAGUCCUUUGGAUAUCACAACUAGCACAAUCAUUAAAAGGAUUGUAUCAAAUCAUGAAGCUUAUCAGAAACGUAAUGAUAGGAAGGGGGAAAGUGAGAGAAGGUAUUAUGAAAGCAAGGGAUAUGUUUCAGAUGACUUGAUUAUCACUUGUGAUGUGAUGAUUAUACUGAUUACUGAACGCUUAAUAAUAGCAUAUUAUACCAAGACGGUAUAA